AUGACUUCCCUGAUUCUACUCCUCCUCCUCCUCCUCUCAUCUCUUCUCUCUCCUUCCUCCCCUGUUGAGUUUAGAGACUCACUCUCUGAUCUCUCUCAGCAAAGCAUCCUCCAUUGCUCAACUUUGACAUCCACGGACAAGCUCCUCUGUGAAUUCGCUGGCGCGAUCGAUGACCAAGGAAACCCUGCAACAAGAACUCCCACUGUACAAAGUUCUAGUUGUAAAUUCAAAGAAGAUGGUGCAUAUAACGCUUACUAUCCCUAUGCCACUUCCCCUUCUCAAGAGCUCACCACCAUCCUCGAAAAGUACUUCUCUAUGCACCAAAGAUGUGUUGCUAAGGACUUAGCCACCUUAGCAAAUGCCUAUAGCUCAGGUGGCCGCCCCCUUUGCCAAUAUGUCAUAUGGGGAGCGUCGGGGGAUGGCCUGGGAAAUAGGCUCAUGUCAUUGAUGUCUGCCUUCCUCUAUUCGAUUCUCUCUGCUCGAGUCCUUCUCAUCGAUUAUCCAGAGUGGAGAGAGCUCUUUUGUGAACCCUUUCUAGGCUCCACCAUCAGCAUUCCUCAAGGUGCUGCAUUUGAUCGUGGCAUCGGUGCGUGGAACGUCGAGUUUCUUGAUGCAAAGUGUGGAUCACCAUUGUCUAGUGUCAAUAAUGGGGGGUGUAACAAUACAAUUGUUAAACUUUCCCUGGAUCAUGAUACUCCUCUAAGGGAGUAUGACUUUGUUAUGUGCCCCUUGGGCUAUUCAAGACUUAGGAAUGUUCCCUUUGUGACGAUAAGGGAAUGCAACCAGUACCUUGUCCCAGGAUUCUAUGCUAACCCUGUUCUAACACCAUUGAUGGACUUGCUCUUCCCUGAGAGAAAUGUAUUCCAUGUCCUGUCUAGGUACCUUCUGUCUCCAAGUGACCCAAUGUGGCAUUCUAUUAGGGACGACACUGAUGUCCAGGCCAGCCGACGCAUCGGCAUCCAAAUAAGGGAAUUCCAAUUUGAGAAGUACACAUCAGAGUACGAUGAUAACAUCGUGCGCUGCUUAUGGGAGAGAGGUGGCAUCCUACCAAGAAGAUUUAGGAAGGGAGUUUGUGAAGGUGAGUACUUAGCCAUCCAUGUGGCCACCCUAGAGAAAGGUCAUGUUUUGAAGGUGAAUGAAACAAUGAAGAUCAUUGAGGAAGAAACAGGGGUGGAGGCCAGGGUGAGCCGUCAAGCGGUGGAUGGCCGAGAAGCCCAUGAUGCUGCUCACCAAGAAGAGGCUCUCAUAGACAUAUGGGUGCUAAGCAUGAGCCAUGUGUUGAUUACAAGUAUAUAUUCCACUUUUGGUUAUGUUGCUAGUGCCUUGAGUGGGGUGGCUGCAAAUUUCAUAGACAAGAGGGAGGGUGAGAGCUGUAAGGUGAGCAAUGGAGUAGAGCCAUGCUUCCAUGCUGCACCAAAGUUGCUGGUUUGCAGUGAUGAUGAGCUGAUGAGAUAUACUGCAUUUGAUCUUGCUGUUAAUUCUUCGUGGGUGCGGCCCUGUGCGGAUCGAAUAGUAUUGGGGUGGACUUUAGCCAAGGGAACUUCCUACCCAAAAUAGCAUUUAGUGCUCCCUUCUCUAUUGU